CCGACGAAUGGACGAGUGGCGAUGACAAUGAUUCUAGUGCUGGAAUGGAUACUGAGGAUGAAGCCGGAGUUGCUGAUUGGACCGAUUUUGGUUCAUUUGAUGUUGACACUGACGAUCAACGUCCUGCUCUCAUCCGGAAAGAAAGUAAAGAUUUCAAAAAAAGUGCCAAGAAUUCGAAAUGGUUGCAAGGAUCGCUAAUUUCAGCUGUAGGAAAUAUGGAUUUAAUAGUUUUUGCUCAUGCGCAAAGGGUAGUUUCAGUUGAGAGAAAUCCUUCAGAUAACACUUUUCAAAUUAUUUCACAGUUCAACACGGCUGAUUCAUCUUGGUCUCCUCCGGCCUAUAUUCGUUGUUUAUGUGUACUGCCAAUGAGUUGUACAAGGAAAACGGAAACGUCGUUAUAUGAUUGGUCAGCGAUUGUUGUUGGGAUGAGCAAUGGAUAUGUCCGAUUUUUUACGGAAAAAGGCUUGCUGUUACGUUCGGAUCACGUAUCUGAUAGUCCCAUCGAAGAAAUUCGUCUUGGGAAAUCAGUGAUGGCUGGAAAUCAAGAAUUAGCGGUGAUGUCACAAACCGAUUUGACAUGUAUCGAAGGUCUUUCAUUAUACGUAGCGUUGAAGGCAGCGAAAAGUCAACUUGCCUGUGGUGAGAUGGAUAUUGAGAAAGUAGCAGCUAAUGCGAAGUUAAAUAUUGAAAAGCUGAAGUUCGAAUCUGGUAUAAAAGUGGUUGAUUUCGGUAUUUCGGGUCCGUUGAAAGCAACUUGGUUCGAUCUUCACAGUGCCGCAACACUUUCGCCUCAGGGUUAUAAAGCCAAAAUAGAACGAUCAUCACUUCCUCUUUAUUCAACAUAUGUUUUUGUUGGACAGUCUCCCUACGUGGGCUUUGGUUGGCAUACGCCAGGCGCUUCGCAGAAUGUUUUAAGUGAUGCUUUAUUUGCUCUAGGAAAUCAGCUUACAUCGUCUGUUGCAUCAAGCAUGCCAUCGUUUGGUAUACGUUCAUUUCUGGGUAUAGGCACAUCCCGGAAAGAUCGUCAACCGAUUGUCGAAAUUAAACCCAGUGCUGUGAUACCAAUGCGUUCGUCUAUUGUUGAUGGCAAGCGCGAAGGUGAACGCAUAUAUAUGGCACCAGCAAAGUAUAAACUUGCUGCAGUUACAGAUUCAUUAGCUCGUGUGGCCUUAAUUGAUAUUAGAACUCGUCAUAUGGUGCGGAUGUGGAAGGGAUACCGCGAUGCACGUUGUGCCUGGUUAGAAGGUGUAUCCACACUAGACCGAAAGAAAAGUCGAUAUGAACUUGAAGUACAACCAUCGACUGCUUUAUUCCUGAUAAUAUUUGCACCCAGACGUGGUUUACUUGAAGCUUGGAGUAUGCAGAAUGGAAGACGAGUUUUUGCGUCAACGGUGGAUCGACAUGGUCGAUUAAUUGGUAUACCGCGACUCAGUGAUCAUUUAUUAGGUUGCGAUGAACGGGCUGCAUCACAUUUGCCAUCUGUUUUUUUUCUGUCAUCGAAUGGAACUAUCCAUCAUCUGUGGAUUCCUUUCCAUCGUGCAUUAUCGGACGAAAGUGGAUCUGCUAUUCAUGAUUCAAGCAUCGUUAAAGAGAUUAAUCGCAUGAUAAAAGAUGGCACUGUAGAAGACUUUUCAACGUGGUUGCAAUUUUUCCGAGCUCUAAAGACCAUUCCUGCAAUGAGAGAAAGUGUGGACAUUCUGUGGCGGGACUGUGACAUCGACUCUUGCAGGCUUUGUCCUAUUAUGACUUCCGUUCUACAACAUGUGGAAAGCUUUCAUGCUGUGAAGAAGUCGUCAGAUAGUGGUAAUUUGGUGAUUUAUGUUGCUACAGUUUCACGGUUACUUGAUAUUUAUGUAUAUUUGCUUAAAAUGAACACUGAACAGGCGGACACGGGGAAUGAAGAAUUCGAAAAGAUUGAUAUUGCUGAAAAACUCUCCAUCAAUAAAGGGAUAUUGAAUUUAUGCCUACAGAGAAUUUCCGAGUUUCACACCGGAAACAAUUCUGCGAAAGAUAAAACCCUCACAUUUGCUGAAUUCAUAUUUCAUUUUGAUUUGACUCAAGCCAAUCUGGUAGCACCAAAUCGAAAACGAUUGAAAAACAAGUUGGUCAAAAAAACUGCUGCAUUCGGUAAUCUCCUUUUUGAUGGAGUAUUAACGGGACAUUGUACGGUCCAGCACUUUGUAAACUAUGUAGUACCACAACUCGGCUUAUCGGAAGAAGAUUUUGCGGAUGCGUUUUGUGCAUAUUGGCUGAGUCCAUGUGAUGAUCUUAUUCAUCGUUUGCCACGUGUUCUAAUUUUGUGUAAGUAUUUAUCCGAAAUUGAUUCUGAUGGACAAUCUUGGUUAACCAAAGUGGAGCGAAAUAUUCUUAACAGCCAAGAACUUGGUGCAGCUCUAGCGUUAUGUUUGGUUGCACGAGGUGUUGCAUUUACUCAGAAGCAUUCAUCACCUAAUAAAAUGAGCAGCAGCAAUGAAUUGAAUGACGAACCACUUCAUGAGGAUUGGGAUGAGGUGGAGUUAACGCUAGAAUGGUGGGAUUUGCUUUUAAGACAUCUGCAAUGCAUGAUUGUUCUUAAAGCAUUACCCGGUCACUUUCGAGUUUGCCUUUCAGACUUGAUUAAUGGCGGUCCAGCUUAUUAUAGAGAACAGAUUGGUAGAUGGUCAGCGGGUUUUAGCUUGGAUCCGGAACAUCUUUAUGAUAUUUUCGAUGAUCCGACGAUAGUAAAUCCGGAAAUAAGUUGGGAAGUUACAAUUGCUGAAUUGCGAAAAUUGUUUCCAAUAAGUCUUUUACCAGAACUUGUCGUAUGUGAUUGUGCUUGGGAAUGUAUUGGUGCGUGGAGACGUCACAAAGAGAAGAAUGAGGCUUACAGAUUGUUAGAAAAAGCGGUAAAAUUUGUGGAGCUUUUGGGUGAAGCAGGUGUACUGCAACAUGGCAUCUGUUUUAUGCUAUGGGAUACGUUUCUUCGUCAGCCUUUCCGAUAUAUUUAUGAUUUUUUAAAUCGGAAGUCGUCGAAGUUUAAAAAACUGGAGGGUUGCCGAAUAGAUCUGGAGCAUUUCUCUCCCUGCUGUACGAAAGUUUUGCGAUUGUUACGGAAUUCUGUAAGAUUUGCAGAAACAGUGGAUGAAAAUGAGGAUUCAUUAAAUGCUUCAACUGGCUGUAAUUUAUUCGAAGAUUUUACUGAAGCAGUGUUUGAAUUUCAGCGGCGUAAACAAACUAAACCAAAAAAACCGUUAAGUCUCAUGGCUGGGCUUCAAAAACCGGUGAAUUAUCCGCUUGUUUGUUAUCAUCAUGAUCUUGCGAUGGUGAUUGAAUUGCAAGUUGCUCUGGAAGAGUGGCCUCCAGGACCAAAAUAUUUGUUCGAUUCAGUUGGUGAACGGGCAUUUUUUGAAUCAUUUUAUGCUCACCCAUUGAUUCCGAUGGAAAGCGUUGCGGAGAAUAUCCGGGAAAAGAGAAUGGACUUCCUGAAGAAAUGUGUCUCGCAUAAUGGUUCACCAGAAUUCACUCGUGAUCUACGUUUUCAUAUUUAUGAUUUAACUAAUGAUUGGGUGCUUAAUGCUGACGAAAUCAAGAGCAAGGAAGUUAUUACAUUAUUCCAAAAAGGCCUUGACAGCGAAGCAAAAGAUGUGUUAAAGGUGAUGGAAAAUAUGGAACUUUUGCCUUACGAACUUUUCGACGUUGCUAUUGCACGUAUCCGGAAAUGGUUCGAUACAAGCGAGAAAGAGGAUCUUAUGAUGCGUGGUUUAAGGAUGUCAUGUAUGAAUGAUCGGAUGAUGAAAUAUAUUCGUGAAUCAAAAAUGGAAGUUGUUCUGGUGCCACCAGAUGAUAUUAACCAACUCAUGCGUCAAAUAAGAAUGUGCUUAGGUCGUGUGGAGCCGAAUGAUCAAGCAGUUAAAAUUAAUCGUCUUACUUUCGAUUUCGAAAAACUUAUAACAGUGAUUCAAUAACAUUAUUUUUAUUCUUUAUUUGCACAGGUGCCAUUUUUUGUGCUGCUUGCCUAUUCGUUGCGAAAAAAAAUCGGU